AUGAUGGCUGAUCUGUCAAGAGAAAAAUAUGUGGAGACUAAUAGGCAAAUGCAGAAGCACAAGGACAAAGCUUUUGAACAAUUAACUGCACAGAUGAAUGAGGCAUUUAAGAUUGAAGAUGAUCGACUUGCUAGAGGAGCUGCAGAGGUAGAACACGAAUACCAACUGAAAAACAAAGAGAAAGAAGCAAAAGAAAAGGCUGCCAUUGAAUCGAUUGCUGAACACAGAGCUUAUGUGAUGAAGAUGAAAGUGGAAAAGGAGAGAGAGGAAAAAGCGGAGGAUGAGAAGGAUCGUAAUCAAUGGAUGACAGCAGAUCGGAUCUACUUGGAAAAGGAAAAGGCCAAGAAACAAAAACAACGUGAUGCAAACAUGGAAGUACAGAAAAUUCAGAUCCAGCAAAUGGCUGAAAAACAGGCCAAAAAAAAGCAGGAAAAGCAAGCAGAUCUGGACUACGAUGCUCAGCAAGAAGCUGCUUUUUGUAACAAUCGAGCAUUUCAGCGAUAAAGACAUGCUCCUUUUACUACUUCAAGCUUUUUUCAUCAAGCAGAAAGAAUGAAAACUUCUAUUAAAGCCUUUUGAUUGCAGAAGCUGGAGCCUUCAGAAGAAGUAUUGACCACAGCAGAAGUGGUGCUGAAAUCUGCAGAGCUUGAUAAUGCUCCAAAUACAUCCCUAAGUGCAUAUUUGCGCAUUCUCACUACCAUGCAAUUGGUGAGUUAAAUGGGUUGUUAGUCUACCUCCACAGCAGCAAGAAGCAAGGUGGACUGCAGUCUCAUUUCCUACUCAGCUUCAAGAAAUGCCCUGUUCUGCAGAUUAUGGAUGUCUGCAUUUGAAGUCUACAGCCUGCUUCCAUGAGGCUUAUCCCUUUUACUUUGAACAUCUACAGAAAUAUCAAACUCAAGUACCAGAAAACAAUUCUUCCUUUCAGUGUACUUACAGUGAAGUAGUAAUCCUGUGUAACUUUCAAGCGUAUUGGCUAAAUAUGGAUUUAAUUACCCAAAUUCAGCAUGAAAAAAACCAGCAUGAAUCAUGAUGUCACUUUAUUCCACUGAGUUUGAGAGGCUUUGUGUGCUUGCUUUAAAUGACUAAUCCUAGUUAGUAAUACUCCAUAAAACUAGGCAAAAUACCCCUCAAUAUUUUAAGAACAUGAAGAAUUACUCGAGGUUCUAAAAUUUUCAGUAACAAAGCAUUUUGGUAAUAUUUGAUUGUCUUUUACAGUUGUCCUAUGUGAAAGGCAAGAAUGGAAAGUUGCUUGUGGGAAUAAUACAGAAGACUAAAAUCAGUUUGUUUAUGAUAUGUUGAAGAACACAGGAAGAAAAGACAGGGACUAGGCUAAGAGAACAGCUCCUUUUGCAAGUAGAAGCAGUUGAAAGCUAUUGAACAGACUGAGAUAAACAGAAAGCUGAGCUUGUUCAACCUGGCUAGGGAGACUGCUUAGGAGACUAAAUAGUGACCUAAUUAACAGCCUAUAGCUGCUUGAAGGGUAGUUACAGAUACAGCAAAGCCAUACUCUUCUUGGCAUAGUCAGGCUUUUGAUAGAACAAAUUGUGACAUCAGGAAAACCUUCACCAGGAGCAUAGUGUGAUGACACUGGAUCAGAAUGGCCAGAGGCAGUAGAAUUGCUACCUGUGAAGGCUUUAAAGAUGUCCAUGUAUGACAGGAGGUUGGUCUAGCUGACCACCAGAGGUCCUUUUCAGUUACCAUUUAAAGAUGGUGACAAAAUACGGGGAGAUCAGCUGCAGCUGAUAAGAAGGGAAAUUGCUGACCUGGAAGAACCCAAUGCCUAGUUGUCACUAGUAUUAGUUAUUAGCUGAAGUUUUAAUUAAUAGCUAGCAAAUUAGAAUAUGCUUUGAGAAAUAAUUUGACUAGUUAACUACUGGUUUUGCUCAAGAAAGCACCCUCUCAGAUGGUGUGCUGCUUCAGGAGUUUGUAGCAGAUGAGAAACAUAAGAGGUAUUGGCCUUAUUAGAAGGCCCAGGCCUUAGAAAUGCAAGGCAACUCUCAGAGGGCCUGAGACAGCCCUUCAAAUCAAACUGUUUUUUCCAAGCCUGUCACCCACCUCUGGAAGUAGAGCAGCAACAGAAGUUUGAACAUGUAUGCCUCCAGGGCCUGACAUGGUAUUCUGCCAGCAGUAACACAACUGGUACCUGUGUAGCUGUGGUAAGACGGGACUGUCAUCUUGGUUCUAAUACAACUCCUACCUAGGAAAUAGAAGAGAAGCUUUCUCAAAUGCCUCAUAUCCUAAGGAAAUUUGAGUUAACUGACUGCAGCUCUUUGCUAUGAGGUAGUGUUCCAGGUUAGAGUUACUAAUUCUGUUCAGGUUCUUUUAACAUUACAGUCUGCUACUGAUCAGCUCUGAGGAAGUUGAAGAGGACACCUACCUGGAGACAAACUACCCAUGAAGAGAAGAGAUGGCACCAUGAGACUAUCGAGGAUGGACAUUUUCAUGUCCCAGUAUGCUCCUGGAAAAAGAAAAAAAAUUUUUUCAAAGCUCAGUGGUCAUGUUAGGUCAAAUAAUUUGUUCUGUUCCAAUAGCUAAACUAUUUCAGAUGCCCAUUAACAACUUACACCUUUCUGGUAUCUUCAAUGGGAGAGUGCUAUAACUAGUCUGUACUCUUCCUUCUUGUUCUGGCAGUGCAUCUUUGAGAAGGAGAAUUUGCUACUUCUAAGUAGCUCUCAAAAAAACUCCCAAAACAACCUCAGCAGAAAAACCCUCCUUCUUUCUGAAGACUUAGAGUGAGUUGAAGUGAAGGCCAGAGAUGUGAUGAGACCAUUAUGAGAUGUCUUUGGAAUUAUCUUUAAUUCUCCCUUAUUUAAAGUAAAUUAAGUUGUGCUAUAGGCUUUCUUAAACUUGUAAUGCAUGUAGUCGUUCCCUUUACACUCCUACUCUGCCACUACUACAAUCUACGUAGCUUUUAGUUUUGGUGUAUCAUGUAUCAUUAAAAGCUAGAUACUGGAGUGGAUACAUAAAUGAUUCAAACCUGCCCUCUAAUCUCCUAAACCAUGUGCUAGAAAGCAGUCUUAAAGCAUAGUUGUUCAUAGCUGGUUGAUACUGUCUUGCACAAACCAGGAUGGCAUUUUAUUUCUCUGAGUUUAUCUCCAAUACAUUAUUCAGAGAAAUAUACAAUUCUGUUAUGCUGAAGGGCUUAAACAUCAGAACUGCAGGUCCAAUAAAAUUCAACAUUUACAUCUCUGUUAACAUACUAGCAAUUGCCCCCCCCUUGAAGGAAUAGCACCUGGUCUGACUUUUCUGUGUAAAGAGAAAGCGGAAAAGUUAGAAAGCAGCAACAUGUACUGGAAGAAGCAAGCAGUAGUUACUGAGCAGAGACAGGGUCAAAGAGAUGAAACUACCAAGGCCUGGGAAAUGCAAAUCCAGCAACUGGUGAAGUGCCAUAGGGGACAAGGGAGAAACUGGACUAUCUUUGGUAAAGCUUAAUAGCACAUUACUGCUAUAGGACAAGGUUUUCUGCAUUACUUUUCAAUUACAACUAUCAGUGCAUAAAGAAUUAAUUGUACAGUAGUUAGAGAGUAAGACUUAAACUCUGUCUCUUUCUUCUUCAGAAACACAUCUGACAACUACAGAAGUAUCUACUAAGGAAUAAGAAGCUAACCACUGCCUCCUUACAAGUUAUAUGUGCCUGCAAAACCUAUCAGUGCCUAACAGCUGAAGCUAACUCUGGAGCAAGUUACAAGGCAUGCUAUUUGCCAGAACCUGCCUGUACUUACCUUCAGCUCAAGAAACAAGUACCACAGCUACAACCAUAGCUUGCAACUGUACCUGUAACUAUUCUAGUUUUAUUACAGAACAAAGCAGUAGAUUCAGUGUCUACCAAGUUGAGAGGUAACAACUGGAGGCAAACAGUUAAUCUGUACUCUUCAGGUAGUGCUGGGCUUCCAGGCUUAACUCAAACCUUCUGUUUUGGCUUAAAAUUUUACUCAGCAAAUAAUAAAACUGAGUAAGCUUCUUAAA